CUCCUAUAGCAUUAUUCACAGACACCUGUGCCUCAUCUCAAACCUGACCAUGUUCAUUGCUCUAACUGCCAGUGUAAAAAAGUCUUGGCUCCUGGAAGCUCGCUGUGGUCUGAGGCUUGAUUCUCAGUCAGUGUCAGGAUGAGAGUCGUGUGGUUUCAGUGCUCAGUCUUCAUGUUAGUGGGAAUUGCACUUGUGCUAAAUCUGGGUAUAUUUCUGAAACCUGGGACAAAAAAGGAGCUUGACACAUCGCAAUUGAUCAAGAGGUCUUCUGACCUGGAGAUGAGCAUCAGCAAACUGCUCAGUGUACUUCAAACUAUUGAGAAGAAACAAGAUGCCAUGCAGAAAAUGCUUGAAGAUGAUGGAAAAAGACAAACAAGGAGUGCAGUGGACCAACAGCAGCCAGAGGUCCAGAAGCAGACUGAGCAGAAAGAACCACCUAAAGCAAAGAUCCAAGAGCACAAAGAGGUGGCCAAAGCAGAAACAUUUAAGAAACUGUACCCGGACUCUCCACUGUUCAGUGGACAGUGGGGACACAAUCUGUCUGAGGCUGACCAAAAAGAGGCGCUGGCUCUGUUUAAAAUGUAUGGAUACAACGCUUUUCUCAGCGAUCGACUUCCUCUAGAUAGACCUCUUCCAGAAACCAGGGAACCAGGAUGUUUGAAAAGGACUUAUCCAAAAGACCUGCCAAGUCUCGCAGUGGUGUUAAUCUAUCUGGAUGAAGCUCUGUCUGUCAUCAAAAGGGCCCUUUGCAGCAUCAUCAACCGCACUCCUAAAAACAUACUAAAGGAGAUAAUAAUGGUGGAUGACAACAGCUCCAAAGAAAAUCUGAAGGGCGACCUGGACAUGUAUGUGAAGUCCCUUGAGCAAGAGAACCCAACUCUUAAUAUCACGAGACUGCGGCACAACAAGCAGCGAGGGCUUUCAUACGCCAGAGUCUCGGGGUUGAGAGCUGCGACUGCUGAUGUGGUGGCCAUUCUCGAUGCACACAUUGAAGUCCAUGAGAUGUGGGCUGAACCCCUGCUGACACGAAUCAAAGCUGACCGAACAGUGGUGGUGUCGCCAGUGUUUGAGAAAGUCAACUAUGAUGAGCUAAGGGUUAUUAAGUACAUUCCAUCAGCACACGCCUUUGACUGGGCUUUGUGGUGCAUGUAUGAGAGGUUCACACCUGAAUAUUACAAGCUCAAAGACAGCUCACUACCUGGGAAAAGUCCAUCUGUCAUGGGGAUCCUAGCUGCUGACAGGGUGUUUCUUGAGGAAAUUGGUGCCCUGGAUGAAGGCAUGAAGGUGUAUGGUGGAGAAAAUGUUGAGCUGGGAAUACGUGUGAGUAAAUCUCCAUACUCUCUGACAAAACAAAAUGUGGGACAGUACUUUUCCUAUAAGAAAAAGACUAGAUUUUUGAAUUGCAUUUUAUUGAAGAAUAUGAAGUUAAAAACUUACUUUUUCAUGAAGGUGUGGACAUGCGGAGGCAGUGUUGAAGUAGUUCCAUGCUCCAAGAUCGCCCACAUUGAGAGGAGGCACAAGCCUUACCAGUUAAACCUAAGUUCUGUCAUGAGGAGAAACGCCCUGAGGGUAGCAGAAAUAUGGAUGGAUGAAUACAAACACAACAUCAACCUGGCUUGGAACGUGCCAUUAGAGAAUCAUGGAAUUGACAUUGGGGAUGUGUCCGAGAGGAAAAAACUCAGAGAAAGGUUGAAGUGUAAACCUUUCAAAUGGUACCUGGAAAACGUGUAUCCCAUGUUGGAUCCCUGGGACAACAUACUUGGCUAUGGAGGAAUGAAGAACCUUGAUGCUGGCAUGUGCAUAGACCAAGGCCCAGUGCCAGGUCACACACCAAUUGCCUACAACUGCUACUACUAUAGUCCACAAGUCACAUAUUACCGCGGGACUGGUGAGCUCUACAUUGGUGGCAUCAAAGCCCACAAGUACAAUGACAACAGGUGUUUAACUGAUCCUGGCAAAAAUGAAACAAAUCCUGGUCUUUACAACUGCAAAGAGGCCGUGCAGAAAGGAAUGGGAAUAUACUGGGACUUUUCUCAGGGCAAAGAACUGAGGAGUAGAAGGACAGAAAGAUGUCUGGAGAUUAAAGGUGGCAAGCUUCUGAUACAGGAAUGCUCCAGCCAAAGAUGGACAAUCCAACACAUAAUCAAAGCUUUUUGAAUAAUAAAAAAAAAAGUGCUUCUCUGCUCUUAGGUGAUGGGCAAAAACUGAAAGUCUGAAAUGAAAUGAAUUAUGGCAAUUUAAAUUGCCUCUUGUUUUGUAUGGGAAAAGUAAGUAGAAAUAUAUUUUCUGGCUUUGUCUCUCCACAGGAGAAUGUGUUACUAACCACCUUGUUAAUUUUAUAAAUGAUUAAAAAUGUAGGUUUCAAAUUGUGACAAAUUCAGCUGAUCCUAUAACCUGUAGUAAUAAUACAUACAUGCCUAAUUUUUCAUCAUUCUCAUAUGAGGGGGUUUUAGCUGGGACAGAAGCAAAGCUUCUGAAUAUUCUUUCAUAUACGGUAUUUCAGACUGUACAUCACUAUGUAACAAACUAAUUUCCAUGUACCACUUGCUUCUGUAGAUACAUCAGUCAUUGUUUUUGAGGGGUUACAGUGUGUCCCUGUACUGUAUUUGCUUU